AAGGAAAUGAGUGAAACGGAUUUGAAUGUUUCAUCCAGCCCAGUAUAUUCAAAAUACUUCAAUAUGUAAUUGAUACAAAAAUUAUCAAUGAGAUGGUUCUUUGUGGGGCCACAUCUCAGUCUGGACUCGGGACUCAGAUGCUCAGUGCCACGGUCCAGGGCUGGACAUCCAGCAGUGAAGAGGGAGUGCCCAGCACUGGAGUCAGCGGUGGUGCCGGGCUCAGUGCUCAGUGCCCUAGCCAUGCGAACCAUGGGCCGCCUCAGCCCUACGAGGGAGAGUCUGGUAAUAAUCCCACUUUACAGGUGAAGAAAUUGAGGCACAGAGGCUGGAGCCCAGCCUCAAGGCACAGAACUGUGGGGAGCUUUGCACUUACAUUUGCCCCUCCUCCUACCUGCCCGGGCCAGGCCUCCACCAUCCCAGGCUGAGCACCAGGAACAGCAGCCAGGACUGUGGGUAGGGUGGCAGCUGGCCUGGCAGCACAGUGGUACCCCAGUUUCUUCCAAUCUCAACACCCACCUUUGUCUUGGUUGCAUUCCUAUUUGCUUUAGGAAUGAGUGUGUGCCCUAGUUCUGGCUCAUGAGAGGUGAGGGAAAAAUCUAUGGGAGUUUCCCUCCUUAAAUGAGAGACCUGCGAGUGUGCUAUUUGACUUCCUCUUUUAGGACCCUCGUGUUUACAAGGUGGCUGCAGCAGUUGCAGCCAUCACAUGCAGACAAAUCAGAUUCUGAUCUCCUUUCCACAAGAGAGACGAUCAGUUGGCAGUGCCCCCUCAGCGCCGGGGAACAAGCCCGCCUCACCUUCCUGCUUCAGGAGUAAGUACCCACUAGCCCUGCGUGGUCCGGCCGUGGCACUUGUGCGGCGGUUCUGAAGUGGCCCCGCGUUCCGCCGGCCCGUGUGCGCCCUUUGUGACGCGGCCGGGGGGCCGGGGGCCCGGGCGGCGGUGCUGGCAGAGACGGGCCAUGGCCGAGGCGCAGGAGCUGCUACUGCAGCUGCAGAAGGACAACCGCGACGGGCGCCUGAGGAAGCAGGAGCUGGAGGAGCUGGUGCGCGGGCUCGAGGCGGAGAGCGAGAGCCUCACCGCGCGCCUGCAGGACCUGAGCGAGCGCGAGCGCAGGUGCACGGCUGCUCCGCCGGCUCAGGGCACCGGGAGGGAGCGGGCGGUGUCAGGGCGUGGCCCCAGGGGGCUUCUCGGCUCCACCCAAUUCCAGGGCCGCGGGAGCCUCAGUUUUCCCUCUGCAGCCUGCAGCGGCGGCGGAGCCAGGCGGCGCGGGCCCUGCGCGGGGAGGCGCGGGAAGCGGCGCGGGAGCGCGCGGAGCGGGCUCGCGGUCGGCUGGAGGCGGCGGAGCAGCGCAAGCGGGACCUGGAGCAACAAAACCUGCAGCUGCAGGAGCAGUGGGAGGAGCUGUCAAGUCAGGUACAAUCUCUUGCUGCCCCUGGGAAGCCCCGCCCCUUUCCCACCUCCACCUCCCAGGAUAGGUCCCUCCCCCCAGCCAAGGCCCCGCCCUCACAAGCCCCACCCCCCAGCUCUUCUACUACGGAGGAGAACAGCUGAGUCAGCAGCGCGCAGAACAGCAGCUCGGGACCCAAAUGGUGGCGUUGCAGAAACAACUGGAGCUGGUGGAGGCCAAGCACGUCAUGCAGGCGGAGGCCCUGCGGCAGAGCGCACGGCGAAUGGAGGAGGCCUGGGCCAGCUUCCAGGAGCAGAGCGGAGUCCUGCAGGAGCUGCAGGGGAAGGUGAUGGAGGCGGCGGCUGCGCUGGACGCCUCACGGGGAGGCCCGGAGCCGUGCGACUCACAGCCUCGCCGGGGGCAAGACUGCGCGGGGUCGCUUAUGGAGGAGGUGGCCAAGGCGGACUGCGAGAACCGGCUGUUCGGCGGCGCGGGAGCGACAGGCAUCAGGCUGUGGGCGCUCGGCGCGCUGCAGACGCUGCUGCUGCUCCCGCUGGGCGUCCUGGUACUGCCGCUCCUCUACCUGGCGCUGGUGAACCCGUCCGCCCUCCGCCGCGGGCUCGCGCGCCCCGGCUCGGACGCCGCCCUGCGCCGCCUGCGCUACACGCUGGCCCCGCUGCUGGAGCUGCGCCCGCGCGGACUGCUGCCUGCCUAGCACAUCACGCCGGCCGCGGCCGCCUGCACCCAGUCUCCCGCGUGUUUUUUUGGGCGCAGGCGUGGGGAGAUUUGUGGGGAGAGGGGAGAAGGGGAAGAAGAGGUGGUCGGGGGAGAGGUCGGGCUGGUGGAGGCGGGGAGACGCGGGGGUGGUAGGUGGGAGA